UUAUCUGGGUCAUGUAUAAUCAAUGUCUUUUGAAUGUUUACUUGACAACCUAAAUCAGGUUUUAACAUGUCAUAAUUAGCUUCAUGGUAGGUUAUACAUUUACAAAACUGCACAGGAAAAUGAUUUCCAUUGAAAAAACCUAGAGAUUAGAUGACGUUUUGUUAACAGAGAAACAAGUGUGAAGAGAAAGCACAAGAAAAAUCACGAGAAAAAUCCAAAAUAAACAACAUGACAAUGAAUAUUGAGACAAAGAUAGAGAUCAACAUAAACAAGGAUAUAAGUGACAUGAUUUGUCUGAUGGAUGGAAGAGUUAUAGUAGUGGAAAUGAGAGGUAAAGUUAACAUUCUCACUUCUGAUGGCAAACUACAGAAACAGUUACCUAUACCUGGUGAACCCUACAGUGUUACACAGAUCAAUCAGAACACUAUAGCCAUAACUUAUCCUAGAGAGAAAGCCAUUAGAAUCUUCAAUAUGGAGAAUGAAACAGUUACCAAAGUUAUCACAUUAGACAGAGAAUGCUUUGGUUUAUCAUUCUCCAAUAAUUCUCUGGUUGUAGGUUUGCAUAUAGAUGAAAUCCGUACUAUAGACUUAGAAGGAAAUACACUGAAGUCAAUACAAUUGCAAAUUGAGAGUGUAUCAUACCUGGCUAACCUUGUUUACUGUAAUGACAGAGUAAUCUUUAGUGACUAUCAUGGUAAUGCAGUAUACUGUUAUGAUGAAUCCGGUAAACAGAUCUGGCAAUAUAAACAGGAUUUAUCACAACCAGAAGGACUUUGUACAGAUAAGUAUGGUAACAUUAUUGUAGCAGACUACAACUCUCAUAGAAUAAUAGUAAUAUCAAAAGAUGGACAGAAUAGUAAAGUACUGAUUAGUGAAGAGGAUGGACUGGACAGACCUAUGUGUAUUUGUUUUAAACAUAAUGAGUCUUCCGGUUUUAUUUGUGAUGAAGAUGGCACAUACUUAGCAAAAUUCAAUUUAACUUCUGAAUAAGAUACAAAGUGAUUACAAAGGCAGUGAUUUGGCACCAUUUAGUUUAUUGAAUGGAUACAAUAUAUACUGAGGAAUCUAAUGAUAUUUCUUUCCUGUGAAAGUACAACUUAUUAUGCCUAUACAUAAUCAAAGCAUGAAUGCGCUGUAAAGAGAGUUACCUACAGGUUUUGUGAUUUUAUAGUUCAGAUUAAUUAUAAUCAAACAUAUUACUUU